AUGGCGGUUGCUGGCGGGCUGGUGGGCGGUGCUGGAAGUCCGUCUUUGGGCAAGUUCUGUUCCCGGGUCUCCUGGGUCUUGGAGCAAAGAACUCUGCCCGUGUGUCAGGUGGCAGCCAGUUUCACCAGUGUACACCGUUGGCAGCAGAUGGAUGGUAGCUCACAGCGACCCUUGGUGGAUUUCUGGAUUGAGAGGCCCUGCUGUGGGAAUCCCAUGUGUGUGUACACCACCAUGAAUCAGAAUAACACAGCUAAUGAUUCUUCUGGUAGUAAGCCUACAGAAGGAGGCCCUCCAGCUGGACGCAUACCAGACCCCUGGCCACUCAGGACAUACUUCCCCUGGGUUCCUGGUUCAACCUUUGAUGGCUUUCCAUGAUUGCCUGACUGGUUUUUUGGCCCAGCUGGGAGAUUAUUUAUCUUCCACUUUGGACACUAUCAGGAAAAUCUCAACUGUGUCUGUGAGAGCUUAAGUUGACUGACAGGCCUACUAGCUUAGGCCUGGGUGGGCCCCUACCUCAAUAGAGACCUGCCCUUGCCUAAUGAUUAUGAACUCUUCUGCCAGAAUCUCAAAGAAGUUAUUCAAGACCCAAACAGUUUCGUUGAGUAUCAUGCCACUGUCUCCUGUCCUCUGCCUUCCACAUCAAGCCGGUCUCCAGGGGCUCCAGAGUUGCUCAGAGUAAGGCAUUACAUAGUUAGGCACUUAGUGGGCCUAGCAUUUAAUGUCGAUACUCCCCUGAGGCCUGCUUUAGCCGCUCCCUCCAACCUGCUUGGUUCAAGCCUAACUAUAUCCAGAAGUUUUUGGACUGAGCAGUAGCUGGCCAAGGAGAGCUGCCCUGGGCCCCAAAAGCCCGUGACCCAGUCUAGCUCUGCAUGCAGUGCAUGCAUGCUCUGA